AAUCUAACUAUUGUGGAUGAUAUAUAGGCCACACAACUUAAACUUAGGCAUCAAGGCAUAGUAAAUGGGAACUAUUUUCUUCCUACUAAUUUUCCUACUGUCUUUCUACUAUUGUAUACCCAAGAUCAUUUCCACUACAACAAAUGUAAUCACGACAAAUCAGUCAAUUGCAGAUGGUGAAACUGUUGUUUCAUCAGGUGGAACCUUUGAGCUGGGAUUUUUCAGCCCCAAUGAUUCUACAAAGCGAUACAUUGGGAUAUGGUACAAACAAAUUCUUCCUCAUAUGCAAACAGUUGUAUGGGUUGCAAACAGAGAGAAACCACUCACCAAUACAUCUUCAGUCGUUUUGAAGGUUAACAAGUGGGGAAUACUUGCUCUUCUCAAUGGCAAGAAUGAAAUGAUAUGGUCCACGAACACCUCAAGAUCAGUCCAAAAUCCAGUUGCAGUGCUUUUAGAUUCUGGUAAUCUUGUUGUCAAAGAUGCAAAUGAUGACAAUCCAGAAAAUUUCCUCUGGCAGAGCUUCCAUUUUCCAACUGAUACGCACUUGCCUGAAAUGAAGCUUGGCAAGAAUUUUAGAACUGGCCAUGAGGUUUACCUUUCAGCAUGGAAGAACGAUAAUGAUCCAGCUGCAGGUGAAUUCACACGUCACAUUGAUCCUACUGGAUAUCCACAAGCCCUCAUCAAAAGUGGCACAAGUGUAGCGGCUCGUAUAGGGCCAUGGAAUGGUUUACGAUGGAGUGGAUCACCCAUACCACUACUAGAAUGCUGCUUUUUUCAAUUUAUUUUCAAUGAGGAGGAGGUUUACUAUAGCUUUUCACUCAUUAACAGCUUGGACUUAACAAGACUAGUCCUGACUAGCAAUGGUUAUAUACAACAUUUAAAGUGGGUGGAUUGGACAAAGAGAUGGCAUAUUUACUACAAUUUACCAGCGGAUUAUUGUGAUACACAUAGCCUAUGUGGUGCCUAUGGGAGCUGUGAUAUAGAUGAUACACCGGUUUGUGGAUGUUUGGAAAAGUUUGUAGCUAGAUAUCCACAACAAUGGGAAAAGGGAGAUUGGUCUGAAGGGUGUGUUCGGAGGACACCCUUAAAUUGCAAAAAGGAACAUGUAUUUAUAAAAUAUUCUGGAAUCAAAUUGCCAAAUACUAAGUACUCUCAGUAUAAUAAAACCAUGACACUCAAAGGGUGUAGGCAAGUAUGCUCCAGGAACUGUUCUUGCACAGCUUAUUCAAGUCUAGAUAUAAGCAACGGAGACAAAGGUUGCUUGUUUUGGUUCGGGGAAUUGAUUGACAUCCGAAAGCUGUCUGAAAGAGGGCAAGACAUUUACAUCAAGAUGGAUUCUUCAGAGCGAGAAUCUGAGGCAGGUUCAAAAAGAAAUAAGGCAAUGAUACUCACACUCAUGAGUUUCUCAUUGUUGAUGGCAAUGAUUCUGCUAAGCCUGAUUUUUUUGUUGCACAAACGGAAAAAGAAGAAGAAACUGCUACUCAAAGAAGAUUUUGCGCUGCAAAUGUUCCAAUUGUCGACAUUAACAAGAGCCACAAAUAACUUUUCGCUCAACAACAAGAUUGGAGAAGGUGGAUUUGGAGCUGUUUACAAGGGAUUGCUGGAAGAGGGGCAAGAAAUUGCCGUGAAGAGACUGUCAAGGACUUCCAUGCAAGGAAUUGAUGAGUACAAGAAUGAAGUUAUCUAUAUUGCCAAGCUUCAACAUCGAAAUCUUGUGAGACUUCUGGGCUGCUGCAUCCAAGGGGAUGAAAAGAUGUUGAUCUAUGAAUACAUGCCAAACAGAAGCCUGGAUUCGUACAUAUUUGAUCAAACAAAGAAAAAAUUACUUGAUUGGCCAAAGCGUUUCCACAUCAUCAAUGGAAUUGCUCGUGGCUUAUUAUAUCUCCAUCAAGAUUCUCGACUACGAAUUAUUCACAGAGACCUUAAAGCAAGCAAUGUUUUGCUAGAUAUAGAAAUGAAUCCAAAGAUAUCAGACUUUGGCAUGGCCAAAAGUGUUACAGGAAAUGAGAUGGGAGCAAAAACACACAAUGUAGUUGGGACAUAUGGUUACAUGUCCCCAGAAUAUGCAAUAGAUGGGAUCUUCUCGGUAAAAUCAGAUGUAUUUAGCUUUGGCGUCUUGUUGUUAGAGAUUGUGAGUUGCAAGAGAAAUAGAGGGUUUGUCCAUCAAGAUCACAACCUUAACCUUCUCGGUCAUGCAUGGAAGCUUUACAAAGAAGAUAAGUCUUUGGAACUAGUUGAUGAGCAGCUGGCUGAUUCUUGCAAUAUUUCUCAAGCUUUGAGGUCAAUCCAAGUGGGUUUAUUAUGCGUGCAACAACAUCCAGAUGAUAGACCAAGCAUGUUUUCUGUGGUUCAGAUGUUGGCUAAUGAGAGUCUACUUCCAAAAGCAAAAGAACCGGGAUUUUUCAUAGAACGAGACGUAUUUGGUGAAGAGAAAUCAGGAUCACAGACAGGAAGUUCAAAAAAUGAUGUCACAAUCACAUUGUUAGAUCCUCGGUAGAGUGUGACAAAGUAACUCUUUUUAGUGGCGGAGACAUGAUUUGGGGGUUCAAAAUAUAAAAUAGUAAACAAGCAAAAAACAAUUGAUGAUAAACGGAGGGGCUAACCUUAAUCCACUACAUUUUAGCUCGCC